AUGGCCAACAGUGCAGAAUAUUCGCUGAUCGCCAAUGCAAUUCAGAAAGGCCUCAAUAACAUGGGGAAGUACUAUGAGAAAACUAACAACUCAGAUAUAUACUUCGUCUGUCUGGUUCUUGACCCCAACUACAAGUUGGUGUAUGUCGAAAGUCAUUGGAGCGCUGUAGAAGAGGAAUGGGAAGUGGGGGAAUAUGAGUGGUAUGAGAUAACUCAAGUAUUUAAUAAAUAUUAUGAAGCGCCUCCAAUGUUGCCCACCAUGGACGCUGCCAUGCCAAUGAAAGUGUUGCAGGGUGUUCGGUAUGGCCAAUCCUGGAUGCGCGAUGCUGUCACAGCACAUCAAGCAGCAGACAAUCACAUGCAUGACCCACUUCAAGAACUCUCAUCAUAUCUCACUUUGCCAUUGGAAGAGACAGAUAAUAUUGUGGUGUGGCGGGGGCUACACUCACUUCAGUAUCCAACACUAUCUCACAUUGUGUGCGAUUAUCUACCAAUUCAGGGCAGCGCAGUUCCCUCAGAAUGUGCUUUCUCUAGCAGGGGGAUCACAUCAACACUUCGCCGCAAUGCACUGGACCAUGGUUCGUUUCUCGGUUCUCAUCCUGGACCCCCUGAACUGGACCGAACCGGACCACGGCAGCACUACUUGCGCCAAAAAAAUUGA